ACCACCCUCCUCGGCGCUGCCUCUUCCCUCCCCCCUCCCUUUCACCAGUUCACUCCCACUCGCACUCAAGCUCGCAGAUGCUCUCCUCUCGCUUUCACAACUCUCUCCUCCUCUAGGCUCUAACCACCGCCACCAGCUCGGUGGAGGAAGGUAAUGCCGGGGUCGCCAUCGCUCGAUCCGCUCGCCGCGCAGCCGUGCUGAACCUCCGGCCGACUGGUGUCGCCGUGAAUGAGCAGCGAUCGGGAGUCGGUUCGGAGCGUUGGAUCAAUAUUUCAAGGUGCUGAAGUUGGCAAUAAGCAAUAACUACGAUAAUGGGAGCUUUGGAGUUUGCAUGUAGGACUAUCUUGUUGUCUGCUCUACUAAUUAUUGCAAAGGCAGAAGUUUAUAUUGUGACUAUUGAAGGAGAGCCUGUCAUAAGUUACAAAGGUGGUGUCAAUGGUUUUGAAGCAACUGCGGUUGAGUCUGAUGAGAAGAUUGAUCCUACAAGUGAAUUGGUAACGUCUUAUGCUGAACACCUUGAGAAGAAACAUGAUAUGCUUCUUGGGAUGCUGUUUGAUCGAGGAACCUACCAGAAACUAUACAGCUAUCGCCAUCUGAUAAAUGGUUUUGCUGUUCACAUUUCUCCUGAACAGGCGGAAAUCCUACGACGUGCCCCUGGUGUGAAAUCUGUGGAGAGAGAUUGGAAGGUGAAGAGACUUACAACUCACACUCCACAGUUUCUGGGACUUCCUACUGGAGUAUGGCCCACAGGAGGAGGGCAUGCCAAGGCGGGAGAGGACAUUGUGAUUGGCUUUGUGGACUCGGGCAUUUAUCCUCACCAUCCCAGCUUCUCUUCACACACAGAACCUUAUGGUCCACUACCAAAGUACAGAGGGAAGUGUGAAGUUGAUCCUGACACUAAGAGGGCUUUUUGCAAUGGGAAGAUUAUAGGAGCUCAACAUUUUGCCAAGGCGGCCAUAGCAGCUGGGUCAUUUAAUCCUUCCGUUGAUUUUGCUUCUCCCUUGGAUGGCGAUGGACAUGGAAGUCACACAGCUGCCAUUGCUGCCGGUAACAAUGGAAUACCCGUGAGAGUGCGUGGACAUGAAUUUGGGAAAGCAAGUGGGAUGGCUCCUCGAGCUAGGAUUGCUGUUUACAAGGCACUUUACCCUUUUGGAGGUUUCGUGGCUGAUGUGGUUGCAGCAAUUGAUCAGGCUGUUUAUGAUGGUGUGGAUAUACUCAGUCUGUCAGUCGGACCAAAUAGCCCGCCAACAAGCACUAGAACUACAUUUUUGAACCCUUUUGAUGCCACACUUCUGUCAGCUGUCAAAGCAGGUGUCUUCGUCACUCAGGCAGCAGGAAAUGGAGGGCCUUUUUCUAAAACUUUGGUAUCCUAUAGCCCAUGGAUAACAUCUGUUGCAGCUGCAAUUGAUGACCGAAGAUACAAGAACCAUCUCACGUUGGGAAAUGGGAAAAUGUUGCCAGGCAUUGGAUUAUCACCCUCUACACAGCCGAAUCGGACAUUCACCAUGGUUGCAGCAAAUGAUGUACUGCUGGAUUCUUCCGUCAUGAAGUACAGCCCCUCUGACUGCCAGAGACCAGAAGUUUUGAACAAAAACUUAGUCCAGGGAAACAUUCUUCUCUGUGGCUAUUCCUUCAACUUUGUGACAGGGACAGCAUCAAUCAAGAAAGUUUCAGAAACGGCCAAGAGCCUUGGUGCAAUUGGCUUUGUUCUUGCUGUUGAGAAUGUUUCUCCAGGAACCAAGUUUGAUCCGGUCCCUGUUGGUGUCCCAGGGAUUCUCAUCACUGAUGUCAGCAGAUCAAUGGACCUUAUAGAUUAUUACAACGUCUCUACCACUAGAGACUGGACCGCAGUGAAGAGCUUUAAAGCUGUAGGCAGCAUAGGGGAUGGCUUGAUGCCUAUACUCCACAAAUCUGCACCACAGGUGGCACUAUUUUCUGCUAGAGGACCCAACAUAAAAGAUUUCGGCUUCCAAGAUGCGGAUCUUCUUAAACCAGAUAUUUUAGCCCCUGGUUCUCUCAUUUGGGCUGCAUGGUCACCUAAUGGGACAGACGAGCCUAAUUACGUUGGUGAAGGCUUUGCCAUGAUCUCAGGAACAAGUAUGGCUGCUCCGCACAUAGCAGGAAUCGCUGCCCUUGUAAAGCAGAAGCAUCCUCACUGGAGCCCAGCUUCCAUAAAAUCUGCUCUGAUGACAACAUCAGCAAAGCUGGACAGAGCAGGAAGACCUCUUCAGGCACAACAAUACUCUGAGACUGAAGCCAUGAAGCUGGUGACUGCAACGCCUUUUGAUUAUGGGAGUGGUCAUGUUAAUCCUAGAGCUGCUUUAGACCCAGGACUUGUCUUUGAUGCAGGCUACAAUGAUUAUUUGGGAUUCUUGUGCACAACUCCUGGUAUCGAUGUUCAUGAGAUCAAGAACUACACGAACUCGCCAUGUAACUUUUCCAUGGGCCACCCGUCAAAUCUCAACUCCCCUUCCAUCACUAUUGCCCACCUAGUUCGAACUCAAACCAUCACUCGCACGGUCACGAACGUUGCUCAGGAAGAGACGUACGUCAUUACAACCAGAAUGGAUCCGUCUAUCGCUCUUGCAGCCAGCCCUCCAGCAAUGACGAUAAGACCAGGUGCGUCACGGAAAUUUACAGUUACUCUCACUGUCAGGUCUGUGACCGGAACAUACAGUUUUGGGGAGAUUUUGAUGAAAGGAAGUCGAGGGCACAAGGUGAGGAUCCCGGUGGUGGCGAUGGGAUACCAGCGAUAGAUAGUUCAAGGAUAUAGGUGCCUCGGAUUAAAGUGUUGUGGUUGUGAUAUUCUUUUUUUAUUGGCAGGAAUAAGUAGUACUAAGCUUAGGUGUAAUAUGCUUUAUAUAUGUAUAAAUGCGCAAAGGGUGUAAAAUAACUUUGUACGAGGGGAGACUCUAGUGUCUUCCGUUUUCUGCUCAUUUGUUCAGUAAUCCGAUAUUAUAGUUUUCGCUCUGUUUAAUGCGUAUGAAAUGAAUCCUGUGUUUUGACAA